AUGUCGACCCGCUCACACCAGGGCUGUUGGACAUGUAAGCGACGGCACCGUCGCUGCGAUAAUGCGCGGCCAUCGUGCCAAAAUUGCGUCGAGCGUGGGACACCAUGCGAGGGGUAUGAGAUUCGGCUAAAAUGGGGUACGGGGGUUGCGUCGCGCGGUCACUUUACUGGUGCUGAUAAACCGGUUAAGAAUUCUGUGCCGCCGAGGCUAAGGGGGAGACAGAGGGAUAUUAGCAGGGAGAGAAGAAAGCGGGUGGAACUGGAAGAGGAUUCUGCUGUGGAUAAGAGUCGGGAGUUGGAUCUGGCUUCGCAGAAGGUAGUUGAGGAUGAGGCUCUGUUCAAUGAAUUUAUGAAUAGCGGCAUUAAUGCGCUUCAUUCGACAACAGCAAGAGAAACCAUGCUUUAUCCACGUCUCCCGCAGCUUCGUCGAGAAUCUAGCGCUUUGUAUCCUAUCAGCAUUGCAUUUCAACUCGCGCUAUCGAGUACAGUCUCCUCUCGGUUCUGCGAGUAUUUCGACACUGCAUUAAGGACGUUUCGAUCAGAACUGGCGUGCAGCACAACCCUAUCCGAUGGGACGUUGGCUUCAGGACUGCUGCUGUGUACCAUUGGUUUGAUGCAUGGUCUUCCCUGGACCAUGCAUUUAGAAGGUAUGCACAAUAUCUUGAAGAGCAACGGGCUUGAUGAUUUACAACACCGAUCUACGCAAACUCACUUUCGUAUCCAUCUCCUCGAAGUGAUGGGGGUGAUGGACCUGACCUGCUUUUCUGUCGGUCGUCAAACUUCAGAGAUUGGUAUCUGGCGUCGGUAUUGUCAGACGGCGGCACCCAGAUCUGGUAUUGAGCCUGUCAGCGGUCUUCCUCGUACACUACUUGAUAUAUUUGCCGGGAUAGGCGCAGAGACUACAGAGCGAACUUUCUGGGAUUGGCCUGGCGAGUCAGGGAGCUUUUUACAGUGUUAUCUAUGGGAGGCGCAUCGGCUGGCCGGUAUCCUGAUCCUCAGAAAACAACCUAACACUUCUUCUACAUCUAUUCCCGAUAACAAUAUCCCGGCAUGGAGACAGCCUGCCAAGUGUCCGGCAGAGACAUCUGUUCUUGUUGCGCGGAUACUGGCUAGCCUUGAUGCUCUCCGUCUUGCAUUAGCCGAGCGCCCGACGGAAGAUGUCUUCAUUAAGAAUGCAAUCCUAUUUCCUACGUUUGUCGCGGGAUUGGAAGUCGGUGUCCUAUGCCACAAGCCGGAAUGGCAGCAAACCAUUAGGGAGGGUUUGCUAGGCUCGAAUCAGUCUGAAAUUCUUCUUAGUCUGCUGGAAGAGUUAUGGCAGAAGAAAGAUCCAAAUCUGAGUGUACAUGAGUUGGCUCGACAGAAAGGGUUGGAGAUGGGCUUGUUAUGA